AUGAAGGAAUCCAGAACUUCGACACCUUCUAGUACAAAACCAAAGUUGGACGGGGAACUGUGUCUCCGUCCUAGCAGCUCGGUGUUUCUAGGAGAUCAACAGUUAUUUUUCACUCAAGAAUAUCUGAAGACUAGUUCAUUAAGCCUGAAGUUCGUUGUCCACUUUGCAGCAUGUCAGUUUUCUGGACCGAUAGCAGUCAUAUACUCUGCACGUCCUAACUGGUAUAUUUGGAUCAGAACUAUCAGUGGACGAAUUCUGAAAAGAGAUAUGCCAUGUACAGAUCCCGUUUUCAUCGAUUGGACACGUGCUCACUGUCUUCUUGUUCUUAGCAAAACAGGGAGAGCCCAAGUGCUCUCUUCACUCGGAGAGAAAAUUUCAGAAGUUCUUUUCGACUCUCAAAUGUCCGAUGUUCAUGAAUGUCGUACAUUCGCUACUUCAAGAGGUGAUAGCGGAAUCGCGGUGAUGGACGUUGACGGACAAGUUUCAGUUGUGAAUUCAGUUUCAGAACCAGUGAUUUGGAAUAUGAGACCUCCCUAUUCCGAACUUCCCACUGCAUGGGCAGCAUUCCAACCACAUUCCCAAUUGACUCAUAUCCUACUUAUCUUUGAAGCAGUUUUUUUGAUGGGAUGUCAAGGAGAAUCUCUUACUGUUCAAAAUCAUGCAUCCGUCUGGGUGGAUGCAAACACGAAAUAUGUGAAAUGUGUGGUAGAUGAUGCUCGCAGUAGAAUUGCCAUGAUGACAGAAAAUGGAAAGAUUCAAAUUGUUUCCAUUGAUCUUUCCACGUGUUUUUGCAUUGUCGAAGUCAAAGAUCACGAUAUCGGAAAGUGUAUCAAUUUCGGAUGGGUUGGAAACUCUGCAGUCUUCGUUCAAAUGUCUUCAUCUCUUACUGUAUUUGUGAAUGUUAGCGCCAGAAGGAAGCCUGGUGAUGAAGUUCAGAUCUAUGAAAAGAUGACAGCCAAUGCUCGUAUUAGUGUCGAACCCGAUGGCAUCCGAUUGUUCGAGAGUACACAAGUCGAGUUUGUGGAAGCUGCCAGUCGAGAAAAGAUUGCAGUUAUGAAUCGUAACCCGAAUGAAGACGGUGCUCAUUUGUACAAAGCUGCACAGGAAAUGAGUCAGGGAACUGGACACAACUCAUUCGCUGCAUCUACAGUAAUCCAAGAUAUGUAUAAAGCAAUAGAUGAUUGCGUUUCAACAGCAUGUGACACGUGGCAACCCGACGAACAAAAACUUCUUUUGAAAGCUGCUCGAUUUGGAAUGGCCUAUACGAAUACUACUCCAGAUACAACAAAAUUGAUGAGAGCAAUCAAAGAAAUUCGUGUACUCAAUGAACUCCGAAUGGUACGAACCGGAAUCCCACUCACUCAUCGUCAGUUCAGGACAAUUGGAGAGACUUGUGUGAUCAAUCGUCUUAUUGAUAUGGGAUCAUACAGUGUUGCAAUAAAAGUUGCUCAAUGGCUUGGCGGGGAGAAUUGUGAGAACGUGGAUCGAGUUCUUCUGGAAUGGGUUAGAAGAUCAAUAAGUAAAGUAUCGAAAAGCAAUAUCAAAAUGGAUCAACCUGCAUUGGAAGCUCUUGAUGAAAAAAUAUCAGCAAAGUUAUUACAAUUCCCUCAUGUUUCUAUUGCGGACGCUGCUCGUCGUGCAAUCGACUCGAAGCUUCCAGAACUUGCCAGACUAUUCAUUAAAAGAGAAACAGAUGAUGAAAACCACGUGGCUGUUCUUCUUCAAUUGAAUGAUGUUUCUGCUGCACUUCAGAAGGCGGCAUCAUCUCAAAGACCUCAACUAAUUCAUCAAGUUGUCCGUCAUCUAAUGACCAGUGAAAGUCGUUCCAGCUACGAACUUGCUAUCAGUAGAAUUCCACUUGCUCAAUGUCUCUAUCAAGAUCUUGUGCGGCAAGAAGGAGAGACGAGAGGAGUGUCUUCCCGUCAAAUGCUUGCUCUUCUGGAACAAGCCAGUGAUUUCGAACGACAAACUUUAUUCCACUUCGAUGUUGCUGAAAUCGAAAGAAAUCCAGAUGAACGUUUGAAUGCACUUCGUCGCGCGAAAGAUGCAGCCAAAAGUAUGGGGGACAAGGCAAUCGAAGAGAUUCUCAACGAUGUCAGUGCAUUUGCACCUUUACAAAUUCAAAGAGGACAAGCAGAUAUGUCUGUUCGUAAUACCAUCAUUGGAAUGGCUGAUGAUACCGCUAAAGUAGCUCAAUUAAAGCAACAGGCACGAUUGAAUGACAAACAAGUUCUUUUGUGGACUAUCGAAGGUCUUGCCAAGAAAGGAAAAAUGGAACAACUGUUUGAUCUGGCGCAGAAAAGAUCACCAAUAGGAUAUGCUCCAUUUGUAAAAGCGUGUGUUAAAUACAAUCGAAUGGACGAAGUCAAGAAGUAUUAUGCAAAAGUUAAUGGAUAUUCGGAUCUGGUUGCUGCAAAUCUUGCCAUGAAGAAUUAUGUGGAAGCAGCCAAGCUAGCAUAUGACCGUCGAGAUCGAGAAGUUUUGCAUGCGAUUCAUAUGAAAUCGCACGACGAUCCAUCUCAGUGUCCACGAGUCAAACAGUUAUUGAAUGCACUCGAUCAGAAUUAA